AGUUUGUAUUUUUUUGUCGCGGAAUGCAGACGGUUAGUCAUUUACAACCACCUAUAAGUAAGUGUGUUUGGUAGACGAGUAGUUAGCGCUUAAACGAAGUUAGCAUGUGACAGUAGGCAGCACACUUUGGGUAAAAUGUUAAAACAUUACUCUUUGUGUCAAGUUGAAACGCACCGUGUUUUGUGUUGUUUGUUUUUAUUCUAACGACAAUAAUAACUUGUCUUCUGACUAGGUUCACCGGUCAGAGCAAUUUAGGCAAUUUUCUGAUUCUUUCUCUUGUCGCGGUCGAGCUCCAUUUUUGAAUACCAGAACGAGAAACAGUGGAUUUAUUUCUCCCGGGACUACAUUCCGAAACUAAAGGACGCAGACGAAAGCAAUCCGGGGCAGAAAAUGCAAUUACUAUAACAACAUAUUCAUGAACUCGUGUCUCCAACCAGGAUUCAAGUUCGUUCUCGUGGAUUUAAAACUUGAUGGAACGAGAAUUAACUCGUCUACAAAAGAAAUUCUAAACUCAAUAGAAAAUUCUAUCUCAAACUGCUUAAAAAGUGAUAACUCUUUAAAAAUGAAUAUUAAGAAGAUUGUUUUCGUCUUCUGCAUCCAGAUAUUUAUUGCCGGUAAAACAGUAUUCGGAUUACCUGAUCCCGACCCAUCAGACAACGCCCCUCAGCCAUUGCCACAACCCCUGGCCCGUCGCAGCUCCGGUUUAAACAAUAAAGCGACCCCACCACGAAUAACAGAGGAGCCUGCCAAUGCCAUCGUUGAUGAUACGGAAGUCACUGUGCGACUUUACUGCCGAGCAACUGGAUUCCCCGACCCCACCAUAAGAUGGCUGAAAGAUGGCCAGCCUUUGGACAGCCAAAGUGUUCGCGGGAUCAUAAAACUUGCACCCGGAGAACUUAUGUUCCUAAAUGUCCGACAUAGAGGCGAAGAUGCCAAUACUGGGACUUAUCAAUGCAUUGCUGUGAAUAGUGCCGGAGAAGCUCGAAGCUCAAACGUAACUGUCCAGAUGGCAAGCAUCGGUGAAGAUUUUGUUCGAAAUCCGGAUGACAUGGUCGCGGCAUCCGGUACCAAGGUGACUCUUGUCUGUGAGGGUCCUUCAGGAGUCCCAGAGCCCACCAUCACUUGGAGGAAAGAGAUGGUACCAGUUUCAACAAACAGCAGGCGACAGAUUCUCAAUGGAAAUCUUGUCAUACAACGAGCCGAGAAGUCAGAUUCUGGUUCGUAUGAGUGCGUUGCAUCAAACAGUGCUGGGGAAAGAGUAAGCACUGCUGCCAUACUGCGUAUUCAAGCUAAACCAGAGUUUACCCUCGUACCAACUAGCCAGGAAGCUGUUUCCGGUCAAACGGUGGAGCUAGAGUGCCAAGUAAAAGGAGAUCCUCGACCCAGGAUAAGAUGGUCGAAAGAUGGAGGGAGUCUUCCAUCACAAAGCAGAGUCGUGCCUCUAAGUAACGGUAACUUACGAAUCACUUCUGUUCAAGCAAGCGACAGUGGGGAGUAUGUGUGCACUGCCGAGAACCAAGUCGGUUCCGAUUCAAGAUCAGCGAUAAUCAACGUACAAGUUGAACCAGUGUUUAGCCGCGUGUCGCCCGACACCACUGUCGAAGUUGGCGAAUCAGUCACUCUGCUGUGCCGAGCAUCGGGCAAUCCACUUCCCACCGUGUUCUGGAGAGAUCUAAACGGAAAUGAAAUGUUUCUUGGGCGAUCGUACCAGGACGGCCACGUGCAAGUGACGACGGACGGUGACCUAAUAAUUCGCAGUAUCAGGUUCGAAGACGAAGGCCUUUACAAGUGCCAGGCUCUCAGUGGUGUUGGAACGAUUACAACGAAAGUUCAAUUAACUGUACAACCUCGACGAAGUGGCAUUCCCCCACCAAUUAUACAUAGAGGCCCCAGCAACCAAACUGUGGGCAUUGGUACCACUGCAAUAUUGAAGUGUUCUUCAAAUAGCCAACCCAAGCCUACACUACGUUGGUACAAAGAUGGAGAACCGGUUCAAGUCGGUUCAGACCAGAUACGCAAAACCUUAAGCGCGUCAGGAGACCUUCAAAUCUAUAGUGCCGAGAAAUCGGACAGUGGCAAAUACACAUGCAGAGCAGCUAGCGAUUACGGAAUAACGUCUUGGGAUGCUAAACUUUCUGUUCUACCCAGUGGAAGUUUUGUGGCCAGUGUUGCCAGAAACGACGACCUCCCUGGCCAACCUGGACGACCAGCGGUGGUCAAUACAACAUCUCAAACCAUAGCAGUACGUUGGCAACCAAACCAGUACACUGGUGCUUCACCAAUUCAGUUCUCCAUUCUGGAAUAUUAUAGAAUCGGAAGCUCUUCUGCAAGUUGGCAACGAGUGACAGACGUCACAGGUCACGUGGUCGUCCUGCGCCAUUUGGAACCAUCGUCUGAUUACGUCAUAUUAGUGAGAUCUGUCAAUCACCAGGGUGCUAGCGUACCUAGUCAAACUUCACUUCAUAUGAGAACUAAAGAUAUUGUGCAAACGCGGUCUCCUGUUCAAGCCGGUGAGAAUCAAGAAAAGUUGAACGCAGUGCGAGUCACCCUACAACGGGCAGUCCCCAAUCUCCUGCCCGACUCCACUAGCGGCGCUAUGCAGCUGUCCUGGCAAGCCAUGGCGAGCUGCGAUGACGUGGAUGGCUUUAAAAUCUUCGCCAAGCCACUGUCACCCCGUAAUCGUGUCACAUUAAAAGCGACAACCUCCUGUCUAAUGAGAACCCACCAGCUUCAGAAUUUAGUUUCCGGGAUCAAGUACGAGCUUCGCAUACGUCCCUAUAAGGGUCAACUUACUGGUUUUCCAAGCCCCAUUGAGUUUGUUUCUCUGCAAGCUGGGAAAAUCCAGCCAAAAAAGCCGACGUUAUCGGGUGUGCCCGACAACGACCAAAAAUUCAUAACUUUUACGUGGACGUUACCUGAUGAUGUUUUACCGCCCUACGUUACUGGUUAUGCUUUGAACUGCUACUCGUCCAAAGGCGCGAGUUACAGUGAGACGAUCAAACUAAAUACAUCAACGUACGAGUGGACGUUGUCCGCGUUGUCCACCCGAAGUACAUACGUUGCCAGUCUCACGUAUCUCACACCUCUUGGAGAGGGAACGACAAGCGACGAGUAUACUGUCGCUAUCGGAGGGGGAACUACAGCUCAACCCGACGACGAAGGGGGUUUUGUUGGAAUGAUGCAAAAACAGCCAGGUGUGAUUGCCGGCCUUGCAGUUGGUCUGAUCGUCGUGUUGGCAAUUAUUAUAGGAGGCGUGUGUUAUUACCGUCGAAGCAGAAGAACUAAUAAAGGCAGAGGUCUGCACGUUCGUUCCUUCAGCUUUACGCCUCAAUCAGGCCCCCACCGAGUCCAUAGAGACCGUUUCGACGCAUCAAACAGCCAAUACAGCACUGGCUUUCAAAUUACAGCCAUGGGCGCUCCAGAUACCCCCAGUAACAGCGUAACUGGUGACAGAGGAUCCACCAAAGGCUUGGGCAUGGGUACGACGACCAGUUCAGAAAACAGCAGAGCGUAUUUGCAAAGAAGUGCGGUUAACAUUGGUGGGCCAACCAAUGUUACGAAGAACGCUGUCGUCUCCUACAAUACUGGAAACGGGAACAUGAGCGGGGGUUUAGAAAUGAGUCCUUCACCUCAGCCAGCCUUCUCCUACGUAACUGAUCAACUGACGAGCAUGAACAACAUUCAACCCCAGUUCUCCAGCGCCAAUCUCUCAAGGCCCAGCAUUGCUUCCACGCAAUCAAACAUGUCCAACAAUAUCCAACACCGAAUUCAACAGCAGCAACUUCUCCGCCAACGCAGUAGUACAAGUAUUGGAUACACCCCACCCCCCAACGGUGAACCUGAACAGGAUUUUGGGUACAAUGACCCCACCAGCCCCAGUGUUCGCUCUCAAGGGGAAUUACCCCCGCCCCCACCUAGCCCCCCACUUUCACAAAGAACAGCUAUAAGCGAUAGAAGCCGAAGCAGCAGCGGUGUUCAUUCAACCGGUGAAAGGUCAUCUCGAUCGGGUCAAAGGUCACGGCGUGGAACUCGCGCCGCUCGAGUACCAACAGCAUCCGUGGCCCCUGUCAAUCAUCAAUCACCUGUCAAUCAUUCAAACCCUCAGCCGUACUUACCAACUGAUACUGACACUGGAAUCGGAAGUUUACAGCAGACACCUUCUCCAGCUAGCAGAGCAGAAGACAUGCGCCACUCCCCUACCCCACCCACUCCUCCAGUCAGAGGAGCCUCCGCUUUUUCUUACGGACAAGGUCACCCAGCGUUGCAAUUCGACCGUAACCGCGACCCUUCACUAAACCCUGGCUACUUGGCUGGACCUUCUGAAGGUGAUUCCGAAGCUGAGAACGACCAUGUUGGACAACUUAGAGUUCGGACGUUCAGCAAUGAAGCUGAUCCAAGGAACAGCAUGGCUGUUUCCGGGGUCUCAAUGAUGAACGCUUUUGGUUCUGAGUCGGAUGACGGAGACAGAUCAUCGGAGCGAGAUUCACCAGUCUCUGCCCUGUCAGAUGACGAUGGAUCAUUGCAGAUGGAAUCAGCAUCACAGGUCGGACAAAAUUUAAUCCGAGAUGAAUCCCCAAUACGGCCCAACCCUCAGCCGCGUAUAUUUAAACCAAUUCCAACAGAAGUUUCACCGAGUCGACCUUACACACAGCGCUUCCGCAGCAGUGAAGAAGAACCGCUCAUAGAAAAUGAUAACUGUUUGUCGCCCACUAAAAGCAAAAGUGGAAGAAAAACCGGAUCUAAGCCGCGGAGAACAAACAAUAAAAAGAAUUCUGCCGGAAACUUGGCCAGAAUGAACAGCGCGAGCAGCUCUUCGUCGUCGUAUCUUCAUAACACUGGUGACAGUGGCAUGAGUGCGGGGGUCGGCUGUUCUACUGAGCAUAGCAGUCUUAACAGCAACUCCAGUGCAAGUAGUGGUGCUAGUAAAUCUAUUGGGUCAAAAGUUGGCCGAUCAAGAACUGCUGGGAACCUUUCGUCUUAUGACGCAACACCCACGAACGAAGGCGACGGACUCGUUGAAGUUGAUUUUAAACGGGGUGUCCGAGUUCACGACGGAAAUUAUUCAACACCGGUGUCACCCACCACCAGCGGCGUGUCGGAGCAGAGCGGCUACGUCAGCACGGCUUCAAGCUGUUGGCAGUUCCAGCAAGAACCUCAAUCCCCCACAAAACACAACACACCCAGACGACCUCCAAGAAUGGGAACUGGAAAGCGGUUGGCGAUUGCCAGCCCACAGCGCCCAAAUGAUUUUGCCGAUCGCAGCAUCAAGUCCCCGGGACACUAUAUGAAAAGCCCUGAUCGAAACACUGCCUAUCACGAUUACGAUGAUGUCACUCCUACCCGGAACGCUCUGGAUGACGGAAAUGAUCAGUUUCAUUCAGGUCGAGGUGCGUUCAUCGUCGGCAAAUUGGGUCGAGAAUUACCGCAGGAAUUAUCCGAUGUUCCCGAGGUAUCGACGUCAGAUUUUUGCGAAGAUUAUAGCGACCAAAGUCAAUAGUCUUGCGGAGACUGCAAAACUGAUUCUAUUUUUCUUUGGAAAAUGGAUAGAUACAGAUGGAACGAAACACGUUCCGCGAGCAAACUGUACCGCAAGGUCCCCACAAGAUUAAAGUCGAUGGUAACGGACACGGCCGUGCAAUUACCUAAAUAAGGCUGUGUAUUCAUUGCAAAAGGAAAAAGUUUCACGUUCGAAACUUAAUGCCCCAAAGUCGCCUUGCUGCUACCCACCUAUUACCCAAAGCAGGGCGUUGAAUUUUUUAAUUUGAUUUUUUUCUUUUGUAUCAGAGUUUGCUGUUUCAACGUCGCGAGUUCCAUUGUGUGUUGAGUAUAUUGUUUCUAUGUUUUUGCUUCACUCCAUGCCGCUGUAGACAAAUCCUUUUGCAGAAAAACACUUCAUUUGAUGCUUUUGUCCAAAUUAGCUGUCCUGCACUGCAAGGGUGAGGUCGCAGCACGGCUUGCCACGCCUUGAAACGUGGUAUUACGGCCAGGGUUGGCCCAUUACCCGAAAUCAUCUUCCGUUGCUAUGAUUGUAAAAUUCGGAUGCACAAGAUGGUUACUAUAGGUAGCUAUAUCCAUUUACAGAAAACUCCAACUUAAAACCUUUUCUGAUACGACAUCAUAAGUCGUUUUGACGAAUGGCGAGUUUAUGUUUCUAUUUUAAUUCUAGCUGCAAAGUACUGCAACUGCUGUUUUUCGCUUCAACUGCCGAUAGAAUUCCGUUGAAUUGUGCUUACUUAGCCGCGAUUCGACAGAUAGCCGCUCGAAUCACUUUAACUAUAUUCUGCAUGGCUUUAACUGUACACAUGCUCAUUUUCUCAAUCGUUGACUUGUACUUAUAGAUCGCCUUGGUUAGACAAAGCACAACUUUGACCGACGACGUACAUAUUACUAACUGUGUGACUGCUCUUACUUAGGUGUUGCCUACUAUUGAGCAAUCUUUUUGUUUUCCGGCCUUCUCAUGCCAAUGAAAUAUUUGCAGUGUUUGCAAGCGUUUCUUAUAAUACGGAAUUCGUCCGUAGUUUGAAUACGCAGGACUCUUGAGGGUCGCAGUUAACUUUCAUUUCCGUGUCGUUUAUAUUUAUUUGUAAAUGUAGAUUUCUUUUUAUGAAGCAUCCACUUUGCCGAACGUUUUUUCUGUUCAAUAAACUACAAGCGAUAA